GGAGGAGAGGAGAGGGAGGCUCGGGCUGUGGGAAAUGUUCUGUACACAUCACAGCAGUCUGAUCGUCCAUCCUGUGCUCCUCCAUCCUCUGAUCGUCCAUCCUCUGCUCCUACGUCCUCUGCUCCUCCAUCCUCUGCUCCUCCAUCCUGUGCUCCUCCAUCCUCCUGUCUGAUCCGCAGUGUCCAUAGAUGUAGAAGUGAAGUGUCGGGGGGGCUGUGCAGUUCUCCGGAGUGGAGGAGAUCAGCGAGGCUCGGAGGAUGUGGUUGGACUGAACAUGCAAAGCAACAUAUUUUGUUGAUGACUUCAGCCCCAGAGGAAGUGCAGACACAGCACAGCACAGCCUGUCCUCUGGGGAUCCUCCUGACACCUAUUAGUCGCUGUCACCUGCGAGUCUGCAGAGCUGAUCAGCCAGCCUGAAAAGUUUACUACUGAGCUACUGCCUGCUAUGUACACAGAGCCUGCCGGCUGCUGAGAGACAGUGCUGCGAUCUGACUACGGGGCGACAUACACAGCACUACAGUACCUGCUACAAUGGGCUGUGGACUUAAUAAGUUUGAUAAGUUUGAUGAGAAAAGGCCAGGAAAUAUAUAUUCUACACUGAAACGGCCAAAUGUUGAAACCAAGAUUGAUGUGUCCUAUGAAUAUCGGUAUGUUGACUUCACAACCAUCAGUGAAGCUCAAAUCCCCAAUUCACCUGCAGUUCGAGUUUCCUCUCUACGCGACCUCCCCGUCAAGCUACAAGAUCUGUACCAGCAGGGCUUCGCUGUGACAGCUAUACAUCCAUUUGUUCAGUUCAGCGAGGGCAGUGAAAGGACUCCCCUGGAGGAGAUGUUCCGAGUAGUCCUCAUCAAGAAAACAGAAAGAAAUUCAACAUGUGAUGGGAGCAAUGAAGAAUACAUCCUGGAAGUGGAACAGUGUUUGUCUCCUGACCAACUGGUAGACCAAAAGCUAAUACCUGACCUAGUGAAGAGGAUCGAGGAUGCAGCCAGUCAGGGAUCAAAGUUUGCGGGGAUAGUACAAGGAUACUACUUUGCAAAAGACCUGCCCUACAGCCCAUCUGAUAGCCUGAGUCAAACAAGUGCUCCUGAAUUCCCAUCCAUCAAUAAAGCAUGCAGCGAUACAGAAGAUAAUACUUCAGCUGAUAAGAAGUCAGAUUGCACUAAUGGAAGCACUUCACCAGCAAAGAAGACGGAAAAUGAUGAACAGUCCAAAGCAGUCGAUGGGCUGGAUUUUAUUGAGCAGCAAAAAGUGGAGUCUACAGCUCCAAAUAAAGGAGAUCAAUUGGAAGAGCUCAAUUUCAAGGUUUCAAAUGAGGAUGUAUUCGUUCAUGACAAGAUAACAACUGAGACUACGCCAUCUGAUAAUUGCAGCAUUAGAAAAACUGAGAUUUUGGCUCUUUUUAAUAAGCCAAAAAUGCAGCAGAGGUACAGAAAGUAUUAUACUGUGAAUAUCCCAAUGAAGAUCUCCAAGGAUAAGAGCACCAUCAAUGGCCUGGAAGCCAACUGGUUGGAGCACAUGACGGAUCAUUUCAGGAAAGGAUGCUCACUAGUAAAUGCCGUCUUCUGUCUCGGAAUGGUAAAUGACACCUCAUCGGAGUUUACAGAUGGCGUUUUUAUUUUCGAAGAUUUCCCAGAGCAAGAUCCAAAGACCAUAAAGCGUUAUGAUGCCAUUGUCGUAGAACAGUGGACAAUUUUUGAAGGUUUGGAAGUGCAGACAGACUACAUGCCCCUGCUGAACUCCCUGGCUGUCUUUGGCUGGCAACUGACCUGUGUGCUUUCAACACCUAUUGUGAAAAUGAGUAGGGACGGUAAUGUCACUACCAAGCAGAUUGUGUUCAUGCAGAGACCGGCACUCCCCCAUAAGACGAAGAGGAAAGAGCCAAAGUUUCAUUGGAGAUUUUCAAGAGAUGAAAAGCACAGCAAGCACUCAAGAAAGGGGAAAGGAAAAGUUAAUUCUAAGGACAAAGAAUCAGACAGAAACAAGAAGAACGAAGAACAAAUAAAAAUAGAUGACACAGUACAGGUACACAUCAAUCACCAAACAGAUGGAAACAUCUAUCAUAACCAGAGCGAUGGCAUCCACAGUGAAGUAGUGGCCCAGCUGAAGAAAGAAGAAUUUGAAGAAUCACCAGUAAUUCGUGAUACCAAUACUAAUUGUCCACCAACAGUUGAAGGGAUCACAGAAACCAUGAAGGCAGAAAAAGAAGGAGAUAUUGAUAUGACUCAAAAUUAUCAAGAAAGGUUGACAGAUGAUGAAGCUGUGAGUGAUGGAAGGGAAGCAGACACAAGUGCAGCUGAAGGUGACACCAAUAUCAACACAGGGGAACACCUCCAAGAAGAACCACCUUUUACAGGACUUACAGAGCACUUCAACACUGAUCAUGCUAUUGUAUGUUCAUAAGUACCAAUUAUUCAAUGCUUUGUACCUUCAGCUGUUUCUGUACUAUUACAUCCUAAGGUUCCAUCAGCAACUGGUUCGGGCAUUCCAAGGGCUGAAUGUAUAAAUUAGGUAGCUGCUGUCAAUACUUUUUGGUGCUUUUGAAAACCCAGUUCAUUUGCUAACCUGGUGCUCAUCACCAUCCUAGAUUAGGCCACAUGUGUCAUUGACUGUCACCAUUUGGUCUCCAGACAUAAAACAGUGGUUCUAAGUGGAAUGUAUUACAUAUAUGACAAUCAAGGGGCCCCAAAACAGGUUUUGGGAUACCUUCUGGCCUGAAAUGCAACAGGUUGCACUCUUCUAUACUUACAAAUAGGUUGAAAGUAGUUAUUGCUAUUACUGUAUAUGGCUACACCUAUAAAAGCAGUUGAUAAUAAGGAUGAACAAUGUCCAAAUAUAGAAUGAAUAUAAAUAAAAUACUGGUGUUUGACUAGAGUGGAAGAGGUGCCCUUCUGCUACCUAUUGAUUGUUUUAAAUCUACUGAGUACUUUGCAAGUUGUAGAACAGUCGCAGUUGGAACUUUAUGGCUUGUUUAUCAUGUGGUCAUUGGAACAUGUAAAAUAUUUUUUUCUUUAAUAUAAAAAAAAAAAAAAA